AUCACCAUCGAUCAAAUGAUCAGGGAGCAUUUUUCUUAUCCAAUUAUCUAAAGGAACAUUUCGUUUUUUCUUUUCUUUUUUUUUCCCUUUCCUAUCCAUUUAACUAUAAUUAAUUUGAUUUUCAGCUUUUCUAGAUUAUACAAUUAAGUCCACUAUCCUCACCAACCACUAUAAAUAAGAGGUGACAAAAUCAAAGUCCACCAGGGAAAACAAAGCCUUAGAGAACAAUUACACAAGCUUUCCAACACUCAUAUCUUUUUCAACAACCAAGCUUUCUUCAAAACCAUUGAAAUUUUUCUAGCAUCCUACUAUUCCAAGCUCUUAUAUUGAAGCCAAGGGAACACUUGAAGUAAUGGAUAGAGUAAAGGAUUUAGCAUCAAAGAAGGCUGCUGUUAUAUUUACUAAGAGUUCAUGUUGCAUGUGCCACAGCAUCACACAACUCUUCUAUGAGCUUGGAGCAAGCCCUGCGGUGCAUGAGCUUGACAAAGAUGCUUAUGGAAGGGAAAUGGAGUGGGCUUUAAGGAGUCUGGGAUGUAACCCUUCAGUUCCAGCAGUGUUCAUUGGUGGAAAAUUUGUAGGCUCAUCAAAAGAUGUUAUAUCCCUCCAUGUUGAUGGCUCUCUGAAACAAAUGCUCAUAGCUGCAAGGGCCAUAUGGUUUUAGUCAAUUAAGUACACUCGAAGAAGCUCCAUAUAUAGCAUUAGUAUGCAUUAAGGAGCUCUGAUACGGUUUGCAGACAAAUGUUAAGUCAGGGACACCCCUUGUUUUUCUUGAGUGUCCUCUUUAGAUUGUAUGAAAGAAAGUCUACACAAAAAGUAGUCUUGCUUUUUUUGGUAUUUUCUUGUAAGGUUGGCUAACUAUAGCUAAUGUCUACCAAGUUAUGUGAAACUUAAUCAUACGAGAGAAAACAGCUCUACUUUAGUUAAUGCAGCUUUAAACUUUAAUUA